GCUACCGCCCAUCACGACGCUUCAGAUGUGUGCGAUUCAACACAAUAGAGAUCAAGUGGCAUUCAAUGAUUUAGGCUGAAUGUUUGGAUGUAUCCCCUGAUAUGAAAAUGGGUCAACACUUUUAAGAAUUUGGUUUACUGCGUUCAGUUAUUGUAUUCGCACGUCCUUGGGAAAUGAUGGGACCGCUCUACGCCAAACGAUGGUUGCUUGGGUGGAGGAAUAUAUUCUGCCUUGUUCUGCAGCUUGAGCUACAACUGAAAGGAAUAUCAGCUCAAAUACGAUAUUCAAUCCAGGAAGAACUUCACAUCGGGACGUCGGUUGGCAAUCUAGCCAAGGAUCUCGGAUUAGAUAUUGGAACAAUAUCAGAAAGGAAUCUCCGCAUCGUGUCUGGGACAAAGCAAGAGCUUUUUGAGGUAAAGCAAAGAGAUGGCGCUUUGUUAAUCAACCACAGGAUAGACAGGGAGGAAUUGUGCGGCCAGACCGUCCCGUGUCUCAUAACCCUAAAGGCCGUGACUGAAAACCCUUUGGAAAUGCACCAAGUAUUAAUUUAUGUAAUUGACGUAAACGACAACUCACCGACAUUUCUCGAAACAAACUAUACAUUAGAAAUAUUAGAGUCGGUUACGGUCGGGGCUCGAUUUCAAGUGGAAGGAGCCCACGACCCCGAUGUUGGUUUGAAUUCUUUGCAAUUGUUUAAAUUGAAUAAUAACAUAUAUUUCCGGCUAGAGAUCGAGGAUUUUGGGGAGGAUGGAAAGGUUCCAUUUCUAAUAUUAAAACGACCAUUAGACAGAGAACAAAUCGCUCAGCACUGUUUAAUUUUAACAGCUAUAGAUGGAGGAAAACAACCGAAAUCUGGAACCCUUAAUAUCACGGUCAUUGUUUCUGACGUUAAUGACAAUUCCCCGGUGUGCGGCAAACAGAAAUACACUGUCACAAUGAAGGAGAACGCAGCACCGGGCACGUUUCUGAUAAGUAUCAACGCUGCUGAUUCAGAUUCCGGUGUAAACGGCGAAAUCGAAUGUUCUUUGCGGACUAAAUUCAGGGGAUUAACAUUUCAGCCCUUUGAUUUGAACAGUAGAACCGGCGAACUAACGGUAAAGGGUGGUCUAGAUUAUGAACAAAAGCAGGUAUACGAGAUGAAAGUCAUGGCCACUGAUAAAGGGGCGGUGUCUCUCUCGACUCAUUGUAACGUCGUAGUCAAGGUGGAAGACGAGGACGAUAACCCCCCCGAGAUAGACAUAACGUCCAUGUCCAGUCAAAUCCCCGAGAAUGCGCCCCCCGGCUCAGUAGUGGCUCUCCGGGGUGAACGGACAGGUGGUCUGUGCUGUGCCCACGCACUUACCCUUUGA